GAAGAGGGGCGAGAGGAGCGGGAGGGAAAGUCAGCGCCAGGCGCCUUCCAAGAGUUUGGCCGCAGGGGCUGCAUUUUAGGCGUCGGCUAAGAAAGAGCCCUAGCAUGUCGCUGUGUAAUGGACUUCAGCGUUUAUCCACACGAAUUGCGUUCCGGGCCCCGCCAGGCCCCGGCGGCGCGGUACCCACGGAGCCGCCGCGCGGUCCACUGCCCUCUGCCGGGCGGGCGGACGCAGUGCCCAGCGCCGCCGCCGGACUAGGCCAGCUGAGUGCGUACAGUCAGGCGGAGCACAGGCAGUGAUCAUCGUCCCCAUAGGAGAAACCAGCUUGCAGAGGAAUGGAGUCCCAACAGGAAAUGGCAGCAAGUCUUUUGAAGACAUCGUCUAUGUCUCUAAGGACAAAAUUGCUCCAUCAGACGGGAUUGUCACUUUAUAAUACAUCUCAUGGCUUCCAUGAGGAGGAAGUAAAAAAAAAACUUCAGCAGUUUCCUGGCGGAUCCAUUGACCUUCAGAAGGAAGACAAUGGCAUUGGCAUCCUUACUCUGAACAAUCCCAGUAAACGGAAUGCCUUCUCAGGUGUUAUGAUGCUACAACUUUUGGAAAAAGUGACUGAAUUGGAAAAUUGGACAGAGGGGAAAGGUCUCAUUGUUCGUGGGGCAAAAAAUACAUUCUCCUCAGGAUCUGAUCUGAAUGCUGUGAAAGCCCUAGGAACUCCGGAGGAUGGAGUGGCCUUAUGUAUGUUCAUGCAAAACACCUUAACAAGAUUGAUGAGACUUCCUUUGAUAAGUGUCGCACUGGUUCAAGGUUGGGCAUUGGGUGGAGGAGCAGAGGUUACAACGGCAUGUGUCUUCAAAUUAAUGACCAGAGAGAGUGAGAUCAGAUUUGUUCACAAGGAGAUGGGCAUAAUACCAAGCUGGGGCGGGGCUACCCGACUGGCUGACAUUAUCGGCAGUAAACAGGCUCUCAAAGUGUUAAGUGGGGCCCUCAAACUGGAUUCAAAACUAGCUUUAAACCUAGGAAUGGUCGAUGAGGUCUUGCAGUCUUCAGAUGAAACUGAGUGUCUAAAAGAGGCACAAGAAUGGCUGAAUCAGUUUAUCAAAGGGCCACCGGAAGUAAUCAGAGCUUUGAAAAAAACUGUUUCUUCAGGCAAAGAGCUUUGUUUCCAGGAGGCGUUACAGACCGAAAGAGAUCUUGUAGGAACACUUUGGGGUGGACCGGCAAAUUUGGAGGCUAUUGCUAGGAGAGGAAAAUUUUGUAAAUAGUUGCUUUUAAAUAGGUGUACUACAACUCCAAUUUAAUGUGUAGAAAAGUUAAAUAUUAAACAUGUCAGUUACUUUGAAGGGUAUCACUAGUAUUUGGGUUUGUUUUUAAUCAUUUUUUGAAUACCUAAACUCAUUGGCAGGGCUUUCAGUAUACUGUAGUCCCCCUUACCUGCAGGAAAUAGGUUCCUUGACCCCCAGUGGAUGCCUGAGACUGGAUAGUACUGAAUCCUGUGAUGCUUACAUACCUGUGAUAAAAUUUAAUUUAUAAAUUAGGCACAGUAACUAAUAAGCAGUAAUAAUAUAAUAAGUUAUGUGAAUGUGGUCUCUUUUUCAAAAUAUUUUAUUGUACAAUACUCACCUUUGCACUAUGUGAAGCACUUCAUUGCCUGUCUUUGGCAUAUCCAAAUUGCCAGCAUCACUGUUCUGGCACUUUGGGGCCAUUAUUAAGUAAAAUAAGGUUUUCUUGAACACCAGCACUGGGAUCCUGUGAUUCUGAUAACUGAGAUGGCUACUAAGUGACCAACAGGCAGGUGGAGUAUACAAUGCAGAUAUGCUGGACAAAAGGAUUCAAAUUGGGCAGGAUGAUCAGGACAGUGUGAGAUUUCAUCGCACCAACAACAGCAUGCAAUUUAAAAUGUAUGGUUUAUUUCUGGAAUUUUCCAUUUAAUAUUUUCAGGCUGUAGUUAACUGGAUAGCUGAAAACUCAGAAUGUGAAAGCACAGAUGGGGGAGGAAACUACUGUAUUUGGGUAUUUACCAAGUAAACCUGCAUACUUUUGGCUUAAAAAUUACCACCAAUUUCCCAGUUCCCUUAAUGGUUCUUAGCCUAUAACCAAAGACCAGUUUUUAAAGGAAAAACUACACAAAACCUAUUCAUGGUGUUAUUUUUCGUAAGUCUUUGUUCUGUCUUACCUGGAAAUAAUUUACAAAAAUAAAAUACUUAGUGAAAUUUG